AUGCAAUACCAAAGCACUUCUAAAUCACAAUUUGGUGAUUCUUUUGCUUUUCAUACCAAUAAUUCAAUGAAUGACAGCAAGAUUUCUGUUGAUUCUGAUACAGGCACAGCAGUACAAGAAAUCAACCCUCAUCCUUUCAGGCUACGUGUAAUUAAUCCUGAUUUUUAUGAAGAAGACAAUGAACCUGUCAACAUAUCCGACAUUCAAUACAAACCUUCUCUCAACAGCGUUAUUUCUUCGCCUGAAGUAAAGCAUACGACUAUCAAAGAAGAACACGAUUCUGUGGUAGUUGUACCACCUCCUACAACACUACCAAACUCUUGGCACUACAAAGAAGAUACCAACUCUACCUUCUCUGUACCACUUACACCUGCCUCGUCAUCCUCGCGUUCGAUGGUCAUGGAUAAUUUAUCGGAAAAAGAGCAGUAUAUGCCUUCUGUGGUUAGAAAAAUGUCUAAAACACUAGUGGAACAGCAACUAAACUACCAUCAAAAGAAUGGACUAGAACUUUUACCUCCUUUGGAAGCAUUACCUCCUCUAUUUACCUUGAACGAAUCACACUUGUUAUCAAAAGAGACUAUUGAAGAAGAAGAAGAAGAAAAGACACUUUUACAUUCUCCACCACAACUACCACAGCAUCAUCCAGACUUUUUAUCAGCAGGCAAGACUCCACCAUCAGUCGCUCAACAGUCCGUCAAUGCAGUAGCCAUGCCUCAUGAAACAAACCAUCGUCAUGAGGAUAGUCAAAAACUAGAGACAUCAUUGAAGGAUUAUUCACAUUCACAAAACACUAUUCAGCGCCCACCUAUCUCACAUUCUCGUACACCUUCCCUCACACCUUCUUUGACACCUUCCUCUAUCUAUCCAACGCAUGUUCAUCAACAACAACAACAAGCAGCAUCUUCAAGAUAUUCCAAAGCAUCGUAUAGUCUCACAAAUCACCCAGACGCCAUCAAACUUUACCGAAACAUGGCCGUUAAAACAAAUGACCCUAUUGUCCAACUGACAUACGCCAAAUAUCUGUUGGAAAUAGCCAGCAUGUACGAUGAAAAGCGGCGCCCUUUUAGACCCAACUUAUCAUUGACCUUACCUACACUGAAACAAUCCAUGUCUCGUCGAGACAGUGAUGCUAGCCAUUUUGGCAGUAUUCAUAGUCGACGCAGCAGUAUUGAUACCCAUAUUAGUUCAAAUGCCACUUUUAAUAACAUGCGCCGAGAUUCAAACAUGACUCAAGGCCAGCCUUAUGACGAAAAUGAAGAAGCCAACAAACGCAAAAAGAGAAAAGUACUUGAAGAGGAAGGUGUGCGAUGGAUCAAGAAGCUUGCUAAAGAACGAGUAGGUGAGGCUGCUUAUUUGAUGGCAUUAUGGCUUGAUCGAGGCAUGUAUGGCUUUAGAAAAAGUUCAUCGAAAGCACUCAAGUUUUAUGAAAUUGCAGCCAAUGAGAAAGUACCUGAAGCUAUGUUUGCUGUAGGCCAAUACCAUGAACAAGAACAAGAUUAUAUGACAUCUUUCCAACUUUAUGAAGACGCAGCCAGUCUAGGUCUUGUUGAAGCUCUUUAUAGAAUUGCUAUGAUUAAUUUAAAUGGUGAAUUUGGUUCAAGAAGAAAUGUUCAAGCUGCCAUCCAAUUACUUGUCAAAGCAUCUGAAAAGUCCACUGGUACUUGUCCAGAAGCACCUUAUACUUUAGGGUUGCUUUUGAUGAAUGAUUAUCCAAAUGUCGACAUGCCUAGUGAGCUCAUUCAAGCCUUUGGUGGUACUUUUGCUGCCAUGACUUACCUUGAACACGCCGCUGAGAUGGGCAUGUCUGCAGCUCAAUUCCGACUUGGGUAUAUUUAUGAGUAUGGUCCUUAUGGUAUCCGUAUAAACUUGGCAAAAGCACACGAAUUUUACGAAAUGGCAGCAAAUACAAACAACAAUGGUUAUGCCAUGUUGGGAUUAAGUCGACUUUAUAAUCAAGGUGUUCAAGCGCCACCUGAACAAGCUGAACAACAAUCUGCUAUUUUUGAACAAGAUGAGUCUGGCUGGAUAAAAACACAUGGUCGUGAUGAAGAUGCAGCUUUCAGAUGGUGUCAUUUAGCUGCAGAUCAAAGAGUGCCUGAUGCAUGCUAUCUAUUAGGAUGGUAUUAUGAAAUGGGCAUUGGUGUGCCAAGAGAUUAUCAGCAAGCACACCAUUACUAUUCAAAAGCAGUCAAGAGAGGCAACCAUAAAGAAGCCAAAGCACGAAUUGAUUUGCUGGAAAGCUUAGUCAAGCACCAAAAGAAUGAAAAGAAGCGUAUGGCUACUCAAGAUAAAAAACUCUCUAUGGCAUCAAAAAACAGAGAUUCACAAUGUACUAUCAUGUAA